GGUCAGGCCGGAGCAAUCGGAGGCCGAGCGCCGAGCGGUGCGGGGCGGGGACCUGAACGCCGACCUGGCGCGCACUCUGCAGUGCACACCUGCCCGCUCCACGGAACCGGACGAGCUUCUGAGCCUUCUCUGAAGUGUGUCCUCGCCCUGCCGUGCGCGCUCUCCCGGGGUCUCCAGGUCCAGGUCCAGCUCCCCAGGGGGCUCCAGGCCUCUCCCUGGGCCCGUGCCACAUCUGAGGACCCUGUACCCAUUUGGUGCUUUGCAUCUCUAAGGACUUGCUGCUUUGGGGCAUGGAAUCAAACCCGAAGCCUUGGAGCCACUGCAGUGAGAUUCUUAACCCACUUCACCGCAGCAGGAAUUCCCCUGCUGCUUUGUUUACAGCUUUCAAUUUCCCUAGAGGACCUUCCAUCCAGUGGGCAAGAGGUUUGCAGCACCUUACGUUGGUAAACAAUUCCAAGUGCGUCUGCUGCAGGUGUCCGGACAAGAGACCUUUGCCGUGUGACUUCACAGGAAGCAGCGACAUGGCGGGUUCCUCACCAUUUAAGAUGCGAUUAGUUCACCUGGACCUGAAAGGAGCUCCGCCGAGGGUCUGCUACCUCUCGGAGGUCUUCCCCCUGUUCCGAGCCCUGGGCGCCAACGGCCUCCUCGUCGAGUAUGAAGACAUGUUUCCCUACGGGGGCCGCCUGGGGCUGCUGAGGGCCAAGCAUGCCUACAGCCCCUCCGAAAUCAAAGAGAUCCUGCGUCUGGCCACACUGAACGAGCUGGAGGUUAUCCCCCUGGUACAGACAUUUGGACACAUGGAGUUUGUGCUGAAGCACGAGGCGCUGGCUCACCUCCGAGAAGUGGCGCUUUUCCCCAACACCCUGAACCCCCACGAGGCGGAGUCGCUGGCGCUGGUCGCAGCCAUGGUGGACCAGGUGAUGGAGCUGCACCCGGGCGCCCGCUGGCUCCACGUCGGCUGUGACGAGGUGUACUACCUCGGAGAGGGCGAGACUUCCAGACGGUGGCUGCAGCAGGAGCCACACUCCAAAGCAGAGCUGUGUCUGUCCCACAUGGAGGCGGUGGCCAGCCACGUGCGGGCCCGGCACCCUGCCACGACACCCCUGGUGUGGGACGACAUGCUGCGAGACAUCCCGGGGGACCAGCUGGCAGCGUCCAGGCUGCCGCAGCUGGUGGAGCCCGUGCUCUGGGACUACGGGGCCGACCUGGACGUCCACGGCAAGGCCCUCCUCAUGGAGAAGUACCGCAAGAGCGGCUUUGCGGGGCUCUGGGCCGCCAGCGCCUUCAAGGGGGCCACGGGGGCGAGCCAGGCCCUGACCCCCAUCGAGCACCACCUCAGAAACCAGGUGCAGUGGCUGCAGGUGGCGGGCAGCGUGCCAGCGGACUCGCUGAGGGGCAUUGUCCUGACUGGCUGGCAGAGGUACGACCACUUCUCUGUGCUGUGUGAGCUGCUGCCCGUGGGAGUCCCGUCCCUGGCCGUCUGUCUGCAGACGCUCCUACACGGAGGCUUUGCCGAGACCGUUAAAGCAAGAGUGGAGAACUUUCUUGGGAUUUGGAGCUUAGAAGUAACAGAUUUCACGAGUGAGCGGGCCGGCUCCUUCCCCGGCAGCGACAUCCUGGCCCUCGUCGCCCACGUCAGCCUCCACCUGUGCGGCUCCGUGGACGCGUUGCUGGAGAGGGACAGGUACGUGACCGGCUGGUUCAGCCCCUACCACCGCAGGCGGCGGCUCAUCCACCCCGUCGUGGUGCAGCACAUCCAGCCCCGGGCGCUCAGCCUCCUGUCCAGGUGGAGUGCCGUCGUGGGGGAGCUGGAAGCUGCCCUGCAGCGUGUCUUCUACCCGGACGCGGUGGAGGAGUGGCUGGAGGAGAACGUGCACCCCAGCCUGCAGCGGCUGCAGGCGCUGCUGCAGGACCUCCACGAGGCGGCCAGCCCCAGGCCCGACUCGGGCCAAGACCCCUGAGCAAGGAGCGGGGGCAGGGGCGGUGAGCCGGCCGCCGGCCUUCCUGUCCCUGCGGCUGAGCCCGGGCCGGGAGGCAGAGGCGCGGGCCUGUGCGCGGUCAGUGCAGACGACUGAUUCCUUCAAGAGGCGAGUGGAAGCCAGAGGUCACGCCAGAGGAAACCGCGAAGUCCCCGUCAGCGCCCUGGCUCCGGCUGCUGGAGGUGGGCCCUCACGGUGGUCUGUGAAGCCGGCUCGAGGGAGGAGCGGGCCAAACACCCUCCCUCUGUUCUCCCAGCAUCUCCCAGCCCGGGGCCAAACACCCGAAAUCAAUUACAGCAGUUCACGCCUUUA